CCACUUUCUAAAGCUUACGCCUUCAAAUUUUGAUGUUAUUUUUUGUUGGUUCUAAUUUUUUGAGUAUUUGUCUGAUGUUUGUGUCUUUCUUCUGUGAGAUGAUAGUGAUACAUUUGUUGUAUUGUAUUAUUAUAAGUAGAUGUUGAGUUUUCAUUUUGAUGUUAGUUUUAUAAUUAUUUUUUAUCAAGUUCAUAAUAAUUUGUUUACUGGUCACUAUAACAUAUCUCACAUGGUUUUAAAUCGCGGUUGUGGAUGCAAUAGUGAUUGUUGUCGUUGCCAUUGUGGUCGGUUGCCGCAAAAUGCGGUUGUUGCAGGGUGAAAUCAUUUUAGAUUUUCAUAAACUAUGUAAAUUGACACCACUGUGCCACUACAAUUUUUACCCUCCAUUGUAGAGUCUCAGUUUAUUCCGCAAGUACCGGUUCAAAGGUGCUUGAAAUACACUAUUGAGAGAUUGUUAAAAGUAAGUUUUUUCAUUAGAUUUGACGCAAAUUAGGAUUUGAGGUUCAUAAAGUUUAUUUUUUUGUGAGAAAAUUUGAACGGACAUGGUUGAUAUCGUCUGAUGCGGCUUCUGAUGCAGUGGUACACAUCUGAAUGAUAUUCACACCGCAAUUGCGGUGCAAUGCGGUGGCAGAGGCUACUGCAUCAGCAAUUUAAAACCAUCAUCUCAAACAAUCAAUUAUGUCUUGAUUUUUUAAUUUGUUUGGACCCUUUUCUCAUUGCAUGUUAACAAAUUUACUUACUUAGGGGUUGGUUGUUUACUUUGUCAAAACCUUUUCUAUUUUCAUUCCUAGAAUAUGUGUUGGUUUUAUUAACUUGUUAAUAAGAAGAUGGGAGAUUUGUGAAACGUUUCAUUGUGAUGGGGGAGAAGAUAAAAUGCUAGUUAGGGAUAAUGCAUUUCUGAAAAUAAUGAAAAUAGUUCUUCGUCAUUUAUAUUGUUUUUCAGAAAUUAAGACAAUUGUUCACUUCAAGAGUCUUUUUUUUUUAGAAAAUGAAAAUAGAAAAUGUUUUCACUAAGUAAAUAGGCUCUACAAUGCUCCUUGGCAACCUUUUAUUGAAUAUUUUUAUGCUAAAUUUCACAAAAGAAGGGAAGAAAAAUAACUGCACUCUAUAAUUUCUUUUUCUUCUUAGACGCCUUACUGCAUAUUUUCUUAGGAUGUAUAACACUUAAGAUUCAUGGGGUGUCAUUUUGUGGUAUUCAUGGAAGUUGAAGCAUUUUGUUAUUGUGUGGAUAUUUUUGCUAUUCAUAACCUCCGCAACAUUAUUGAAACUUGUCUCAAGAUUUCUGAUAUUCUAUGCUUAAUAUGAAUUAUUUCUGAUUUCUGAACCAUGUGUUGAGUUUAUCCCAUUUUUAGAGUAAAGAUGGUCCACUAGUGCGUUCAUUUGACUUUAAAAAUGUAGCAUUGUAUAUUAUAAACAAUGACCCUCUUUAAUGUAAUGAUUUGGUGUUUGUAAGAAAAAAUUGAAGUAUCUCAGAUUUACAAGUUAAAAUCUAUACAUAGACCAAGCUUCAAAGUUAUUGCUGCUGAUGUUCCUCGGAAGUCAUGUUAAUGAACCGUGCUAGGACUGUUAGAUACAUUCUAACCACCAAAGAGGCAGUUGUUGCAUGCCAGCGAACUUUUGCGACUGCUAAAGCAAAGAAAGGAUCUAAAGGAGGCGGACUUUCUGAUUCGCCCAAAGGAUCCACUCUUAGCAAAGAAGUCAAGGCAAGUACAGUUGUAGGUGCCAACAUUCUCAAGGAUGGAACAGAUCCAAAAAUCCUGCCUAAUGCAGAAUACCCUGACUGGUUGUCUCAGUUGAUUGAUAAACGCCCUGCGUUGAGUGAAUUACGUAGGAAGAAUAUCGAAACGCUUGUUUUUGGAGAUCUAAAACGCUAUGUUAAGCUGGAUAAUCGAGCUAGGAUCAAGGAGAAUAACUCUCUGAAGGCAAAAAACUGAUUCAAUGGUAACAAAUAAAUGCAAUUUUUUCUCUUUAUCUUCCUUUUCACCUAGAAAUAUCAGACUAAUGAGGCCUUAGAGUGCUUCUCGCACGUCAUCAAAACAUUGAAGGAAAAUAUACAAAGGAGAAAAGCUGCGACAAUUAGAUGGUCAGUUGUGCAGUUGCACUUUAAUAUGGAUAAUUUAUGUUAUUCUUGGUAUUGUGAACAUUCAUAUGCACAAUUAGAUUUGUUGUUAUGUUGAUUGUAGUUAAACACUAUUGAGGUUUAUUUAUCUGAAAAAACUUUUUACAUUACUUGCUUUUAUCUUCGUAUAAAUAAGGUUUUUGUG